ACCAGUAUACGAAUGACACCGAGUUGAGCCAAUCAGAGUAUGAUUUUACUUCAGCGGUCCCAGGCCACCCAAUUAGCACUGAAAGCCUUGAAGGGCAGGGACAGCAAAGGAAGACAGAUGAAGAUCUCUUAUCUAAAAGAAAAGUGAAAGUUGGUGAGAUUGAUGUCCUGACGAAGCCAUCCCUCGGCUGGUAGUGCAAAAGAAAACAGUUCGUCCCCAGGUGUAGACUCUUGGAAUAGAUGCUUAGACAAAAAUCAAUUUCAUUAAGCAAAGGCAAAGGAGAUAACACUUUCAGAGUGGUGCCUACUUGCCGAGUUAUAGGAUGAGAAUUUUCUUUGAUGAUUUGCAGUAACUAUCGCGAUGGCCACAGAUGAAACAGAACUUAGAAUACUGUCUCCAACUCACAAAGUGAUCAACAGGUUUAGCAUUAUUCCUAUUUAUUCUGAGAGAUGGCAGGGACAGCGCGCCAUGACCGGGAGAUGGCAAUCCAAUCCAAGAAAAAGCUUUCCACAGCCACCGAUCCUAUUGAAAGACUGCGAUUGCAGUGCCUGGCCAGGGGUUCUGCAGGCAUCAAAGGACUUGGCAGGGCGUUUCGGAUUAUGGAUGACAAUAACAACCGAACCCUUGAUUUCAAAGAAUUUUUGAAAGGCUUAAAUGAUUACGCUGUGGUCAUAGAAAAAGAGGAGGCAGAAGAACUUUUCCGGAGAUUUGACAGAGACGGCAAUGGAACAAUAGACUUCAAUGAGUUUCUUCUCAUGUUAAGACCCCCAAUGUCCAGAGCCAGAAAAGAGGUAAUCAUGAAAGCUUUUAGAAAGUUAGACAAAACGGGAGAUGGGGUUAUAACCAUCGAAGACCUUCGUGAAGUUUAUAAUGCUAAACAUCAUCCAAAGUAUCAAAAUGGGGAAUGGACAGAGGAACAAGUCUUCAGGAAAUUUCUGGAUAACUUUGACUCACCCUAUGAUAAAGAUGGAUUGGUGACCCCUGAGGAAUUCAUGAACUACUAUGCAGGUGUAAGUGCAUCGAUUGACACAGAUGUGUACUUCAUCAUCAUGAUGACGACUGCCUGGAAGCUCUAAAUACCUGUCCCUGGAAACCAGGCCCUGCACUCAGUCACAUGGCUCCAAGUGAUUAAACCCUACCCCCAAACUCAGAAUACUCUUUUAUUUCAAUGUUCAUUGCACACUCUUCUUUGCCAACACACUGCAUUUUCUAGGCUGACAAGAGGGCAGAAAUAAAGUCACUAAGUAAUUAACUACA